AUGACGUCCACGUCCCGACACGACGAGGAUCGUGUGGACGAACUCGAGACGAUCGAAGAGGUCUUGCUUUCCUUGGAACCAGACGAAAUCGACUACGUCAACAAACUGCCGCUGUACUUGCAGGACGAAGCGGCGCGACGUCUGGCGCUAUCGGGUCUGAGCAGGGAACUACAAGGAGAACGCCGACAAUUUGAGAAGACUCUCGCUUCCCGCGUUCAACCCUUCUCCUGCCUGCCUGGCGAUCCCCUUCGGAAGUACCUCUCCUGCAUCGACUUCGUCUGCAAGACGCGCCACCUCGGCGGCCCACGCACAUUGCUGUCUUCUGGAGCGUUAGGAGUCAACGAGCUCGACGUGACGAACGCUCUUCAGGAGUCUGAAUCUACCGACACGCGGUUUCUGAGCGACUACCUUUCCUCCUCAUCGUCUGACCGCGGAAGCCGCGCCCCCUUGUGCUGCACGCUGCAGACGGAUCUGAUCAAGUCAUACGCCGAGUCCAACGCUUCCCAGAUCACCUCACUCUUCGAACGACGGGGCGCAGCAGCAUUGCUUGACCGACCGCUUGCGGACGUGUUGUGGGAUCUGCCGGAGCCAAGACGGACCGACGCUCUUGAAGCGAUAGGCGAGCUCAAGACGUUUUGCUUCAGGCGACAGGCGUUGGACGAUGAGCGCGAGCAAAACGAAGGCGCCACGAUCAAGUUGUCCACCAUUAUCGAGCGGUCUUUGAUCGCUUUUUCCGCUCUUCUUGGCGCGACGAUCGGAUACGAGCCUCAACUGAGCCACGACCACCAGAUCCUGGACGAGGACCGCCUGCGCCCAAAUAUUCGAGUCGUGCGCUACCUCAACCAGUUGCCGCGGAAACAGAAGGGCGAUGCCUUCUUGCUCAUGUUGAUCGAGCUGAAGGCGAAGCGUCCGCUCGACCGACUCCUCGCGUACGUCGACGACUUCGAGUACAAGGCGAGCGAGAAGGGCAGCCUCAGUUACGUCCGCCCAUUCAACUGCAAGAGCGUUCCGCUCAGCUUCAAGGAGGAGACCGGGACCCGCAAUGAGAAGAAAAUCGUCGCGACGGGAAGCCAGGUCCUCAUGCAGAAGAUGCACUGCUCGAUGGACAAGGCUGAAGGCGGGCAGGCUCAUUCCGCAGUCGUGAUGAGCACGUCGGAGGCGGUCGUCGAAAUCUGGCUGCCGGUUUUCUCGGCGCCGUACUCUGACCCGCCGCCGCGAGCCAAGACGGUCGACUCGGCGCAGGGCUCGUUCCUCCUCUUCUCCCCGAUCACCCCCUUCCUCGCUGGCGGCCUCUUCAACGUCUUCCUCGCCCCUCUCCUCGAAGAAACAUUUCCCUUAUUUCCGCCUCUCUACGUUCGCUUCUUCUCGAACUUCGUCCUCACCCAGCCCUAUUAUCGCACCGUAGUCCAAGCGUACGCUUCGCGUGGGCUGUUCUUCUGGGGCGACCCUCGCCUCGCCUCGACGGCGACAUCCGCCCUUCCCUCCGCGAAUUCGUCAUCACCGCCGCCGCUUCUGCCAGGAGGCGAGGGUGAGGAUAACAGAGGGACGGACGACGGGAAGGAACCGCCGGCUGAGCUGAGCCGUCCAAGCGUGGCGACUACUCGUGGCGGAGUUCGAGCGAGUGGUGCGUCGAUUGGCGAGGAGGCGGCGCGCGAAUGGCCUUCAGGCGGAUCGGGAGGCGAGACCAAGUCUUCGCAAGUGCGCGCCGAUUCCGCCAACAGCCCACCACGCAUAGCAAGUCAUUCAGAGAUCUCGCCGGUACCGACUUGUGGAAUUGACGUCCUACUCAAGCUGCGGUCGAUCCCCUCGCUUCGUCGCACCUGGCAAGGUCUGCAAGCAAAGGACACGCUCGUGAGGCUGCCGCCGCUCCUCCCCUCCACGAUCAACGGCCUCGCGACACCGGCGGCCUCGCCUGACCGCUCAUCUGCAAAGCGGCUCAACGCUUCGACGGGCAACGGCGGCGAUGAAGAAUUCAGCUGUACAGACGACAUCACGCUCGAGAUGGGGUACGACGCCGUCAGCUACGGUUCGGCUGGCAGGGUAUAUCGCGGCAAGAUUGGUGGCGCCUCAGUGCUCAUCAAGGUCUCCCACGCGUAUGACGGCCUCGCCUCGGAGAUGGAGAACUACCGAAAGCUCGAGAUGGCGCUCGGGCGAGAGGGAGAGGAGGGUUUGGAGCCGCUUACACCAGUCGUGGGCGGGCGCUUCUGCUCCGACACGGGCGAAGGGGAGAUGAUAAUUAUGGAGGACGCGGGUAUGGUGAUGUCGCAUUUCUCAGACUGGACUCGCGAGCAAAAGUGCGUUGCGCUGCAAGGUCUGCGCCUCCUCGAGCGGCUACACCAAGUAGGCUUGCAGCAUGGCGACGCUGCCGGGCGCAACUUCGUUGUGGCCGACGACGGGACACUCCGCCUCAUCAACCUCGAGAACGCGCAGGCUCAUAUGUGUGGGGAGAAGUGCCGCGAGCUGCAGUGGUUCAGGAGGACCGUUGUACAGGGCGAGGAAUAG